AUGGGACUUUGCCAAGGAGAGAACGUGUCCGCGCGUUGCCAAAAAAGUUUGCCGUGGAUCGUGCUGGUGCUCUGGCUGUGCGCGCCCGCUGACGGGACCUGGAAGACUGGACUUUACAAAACCAGAGAGCAAGCUGCAGCCUCUCAUACCUCCAUCUAUCAAAAGAGAAACUGGUGUCCUCAUACAGUCACAAGGACAGUGACUUGCCAGGUGCAGAAUGGAACAGUGGUGCAAAGAGUCUACCAGACGUGCCGCUGGCCACAGGGAUGUACUGGCGGCAGCUAUAGGACAGUUGUUAGACCUUCCUACAAAACAGUGUACCGCACUGUGACCUCACUGGAGUGGAAAUGCUGUCCAGGGUUUAGUGGGACUGCCUGUGAAGAAGAUACUGGAAAACACAAGGUGGCUCAGGAGGCAAUAAGAAAACCAUCCACACUGCGUCGCCCAUCUGCACACGGUGGGGAGCCCAAUUCAUACUGCCUCAACUGCAGUCGGAUCACUGCAAUGAAUGAUAGGCUGAAUUCGCUGGAGACUAAGGUCCAAGUACUCACUGCCUUGCCGUCCGUAUCUCAACGCCAACCUCUGUCCAGAGGAAAAGGUACACCUGAGGCUGCCUUAUUGUUGGGCGCAGCUCCUGCUAAAGGGGCUCCGGGUGAACAGGGACCUGCUGGUCCUCAGGGUGAAAGAGGCAACGAUGGUCUUCCAGGCAGAGAUGGGAAAGCAGGAUCUCGAGGCUUGCCAGGUCCCAGUGGACCCCGGGGUGACGCGGGUGCAAGGGGCCCACCUGGAAGUCCUGGUUUGAAGGGAAUCUCAGGACCUGUAGGUCCCCGGGGACCCCCGGGCCUCCCAGGAGAGAGAGGUCUUCCAGGUCCUCCCGGGCCUCCAGGACCACCUGCUCCUUCUAGUGCCCGCAUCCCUGCACCAGACAAUCAAGGAAAGGACCACUUCUUCACCAACACUUUCCAUGAUUCAAGACCAGGACCUCAGGGUCCCCCUGGACCAAUUGGUCCCACCGGUCCAAAAGGACCAGCAGGACCUCCUGGCCCACAGGGGCAGAAUGGUAAACCUGGGAUUCCUGGCGCACAAGGUCCUAUGGGGCCAAAGGGUGAGCGUGGAGAAAGAGGGCCCUCAGGUUACCCGGGAGACAGGGGCUUCAGGGGUGAGCCGGGAUCACCAGGUCCGAAAGGAGAGCCUGGAGAGAAAGGUUUACCGAGCAAUCUAAAUGGGGACGGAAUACAUCAGAUCAGAGAGGCGCUGAAGAUCUUAGCUGAGAGGGUUUUAAUCCUCGAGACUAUGAUCGGUAUUCAUGAACCUGAUCUAGGCUCUGGGGAUGGACCAUUUGGCACAGUCUCCCCUAGUUUCUACAGAGAUAAGCGAGCAGGUGCGCUUCCAUAUCGACUUGCUUCUCCUCUGUCCUCCGACACCAAGGUUCGAGGGAAGUAG